AUGGAUGACGCCGCGCUAGAGCAGAUUAUUGCUGAGCAAAUAGUACCUUUGCAAGAGCAGAUUAAUUCUCUCCAGCAAGAAAAUCAAUCUCUCCGCGAACAUAUCUCAAAUUUACAAUUAUCUUCGAAUGUUGAUCCGGGAGAAAUACAAAAGCUUCGAGAAGAAAACAACACAAUGUAUAACGACAGAGAAAAACUGAGUCGCGAGAAAACAGCUCUAGAAGAAAAAAUUAAUGCUUUAAAUUCGAAAUUGCGAUUGUAUGAAGAUCAAGUUCAACGUCAAAAUAGCGAAGCUACAAGUAGGAUCAACGAUGCUGCUACAAAAGACAUCCAAAUUACAACACUUAGAAAAGAGGCAGAAAAAAAUCAAAUGACAAUCAAAAAACAAAUGCAGCAAUUAACACAAAACUUAGAAGAAAAGAAAGCGAUGCAAAAAGAUAUAUCAGAUCUCAUAGCUAAAAACGAAGAAUUGCAAAAUGUUACUGAGGAGUUUAUGAAACGUGAUCAAACUCUUCUUGAUGCAUUCCAAGAUAUGAAAGAACAGCUUACUGUGAAAGAUAACGAAAUUGCUGAUAUUCAAAGAAGAUGUCAAAGAUAUGAGAAUAAACUUCGCAAAUAUGACAAAAAUGCAGUUACAACUACAACACAAGUCACAGCUGGUGGUGGAGAUUUAGGAAAAACUACUCCAAUCGAUGAUGAAAUGUCCCAACAAUUAUUAAACUACAAAAAGCAAAACAGAGAACUCAGAGAAAGAAUCAUGAAACUACAGGAAGAAGAAAGAAGAGCAGGAAGACUCAUGCAAGCUGUUGAAGGACGCCAAAGACAAAUUGAUCAUUUACAAGAUCUACUUAACCAAAACGAGCAAGAACUUCUCCAAUACAAGCACAGUAGUGAAGACUUUGCAAAUCAAAUUGCCAUUUAUAGAGAAGAGAAACAGAUGUACGCAGAAGAAUCUCAAAGACAAAUUGAGGCAAUAAAGAAAGAACUUGAAGAAUACAGGAACUCAAGUGAACAAACUAAGAAGAUUCUUGAUGAUACACGUCUAAAUAUUGAAGAAAAAACAAAUGAAAUUAAUGAAUUAAGAAUCUUAGUUUCGAAAUACGAAAAAGGUGAAUUUGGUCUACCUGCAGCUAUUGAUGAAUUGAAAGAGCUCAGAGCCAUGGUCCAAAUCCGUGAAAAACAUAUUGCUGAAUUAAUUGCUCAAGUAAACUCAAUGGAUAAAAUCAUCCAAGGCCUUGUACAUGAAUUAGGAAAGGAUUUCGAUCUCAAUGACCUCCUAAAGAAUCUCGAUGGUCGUAUUGCCGAAGACGAACAAGCGAGAAUCGACAGAGCAACGAGAGAAUUGAACGCUUAUCUCAAGGAAAUGAGAGAAAAUCCACCAUUGGGCAACAUGAAAGUCAUUGUCGAGCAGGAUGAAGGAUAUGUGAUGAGUUUCAGAGAUGCUGUUGACAGAGCUGGAACGAUGUUGAAGAGAAACUCAAAGAGGAAAGGAAAGAAAAGGAGAAAUGAACCGAAAGAUGAUUUCAGUUUUACACAGAAAGAAUCUGUUCCUUCUUCUCCAUCUUCUGUUGAUGAUUCAGAGCUGAAUAAGACUAAAACAAAGAAAGGCGAGAAAAGCCCAAUAGAACCAAUAAGUCAUGUUGAUGUUCAAGUUCAAGCUGGGGAAGAUCCAAUUCCUCCUGAUUUCGUUGAGAUAAAUCCAGAUGAAAGAGAUGAAUGGGUUGCAAAUCUCCAGAAACAAUACUUGAAUGUACAAAAACAACUUAAAGCAGCUUUGAAUGAGAAUGCGACAAUGAAGGCAAGGAUACAAGAACUAGAAGAAUUACUUAGAAAUAGAGAAUCUCAACUUGAAAAUAACAAAGCAGAAAACGAAGAACUCAAGCAAAGAUUGCAAAAAUUAGGAGCUGAAUAUGCUGAAUUAACCUCAUUGCCACCACCUCAAGCAACUACUGAACCUAAACCAAUAAAAGUAGUGCCACAACGUCCUAAAGAACAGUUGUUUAUUUCAACAGUCCCACAAUCAUAUUCAGUUCAGCAAAAAGAAAUUUCGCUUCAAAUGCAAACAGCAAGAGAAUUCUUUUUGUAUCCAACACCAGAAGAAAAGAGAAUUCUAGAUUCCAGAGAGAAAGAAAGACAAGAUAGACUCAAGAAGAAUGCAGAAGAUAUGGCAGAUUUACAGAAAAUGCUUGAUGAUUACGCGAGAAGAAUGAAGCAAAAAGACACUGUUAUCAGUGAUUCUCAAGACACAAUUGAAAGAUUGGAGAAACAACUUCAAGAACAAAGAGAAUCAUUCAAGCAGAGACUAAGAGAUAUACAAGAUGAAGCUGCUAGGAAUUUAGAAGCAAGAUUGAAGGAAUACCAGGAAAUGCAAAACGCUGCAAAUGGAGGUUUCGGACCUGAUGGAGAUUAUUCGAAAUUACCUGAAGUUGCAAAAAGAUUGAAAGCUUUGAACAGCGAAAACGAAUCAUUAAGAGACAGAAUUGCAAGCUUGGAAGAGUUGCUGAGAUCACAAAGAGAAGUUGUUGAUGAUUACAGAAUGAAAAUGGCUGCUGCAGAAAAGAAAGCCGAAGAUGAUGAUGAAAAUAGAGUUGAAAGAGGUCAACCUGAUUCAAAGCUGACUGCUCAGUAUACACAAAAGCUUCAAAGACAAAAUGCGGAAUUAAAGAAGAAAGUUGCCUUCAUGAAAGACCAAUUGGAUCAUGCAAGAGCUGCAAGAUCAUUAAGAGAAGAUUUGUCAGAUUCAAGAAAUGGAACUGGCGAAAGCACGAAAGAAAUGGAACAACUCGAAAGAGUUACAGCUCAAAUGAAGAGUUACAAAGCUAAAUACAUAGAAAUGAAAGCUCUUCAAGAAGAACAAGUUCUCAAAUUGGAGAAAGAGAAAGAAAACAAUGAGAGAUUGAAGGCAAUGCUCCAAAAGAGAGAACAAUCUCUUGCGAAAUUGACUGAUAAAUAUAAUCAGUUCAAGCAUCAGAAUGAAAAGCUUAAAGCGGCUUUGGCUGCUAAGAAUCAAUAA